CACUAUUUAUUAUAGUCAGUCACUGUCACUCAGUCUCAGUCACCAAAAGGUGAAAAGGUUAAGUUAAAAUGUAUUCAUUUUUCAAUGAUAAUGAAUUAAGUUUAUGGAUUUACUAGCUUUCCUAAAAUUUAAUAUGUAGAUAUAUUGUAAAAAUACUCUUGCAAAAUAUGAGAAAAUUUAUACUUAGUACGAUUGGGUCUGUAGGAUACAUAGUAAAAUAUGGCUGUGUAGCACACUGUAUGUUUGAAUAUGUAGGAGAUUUUGUACUGUGUUCUGGACCAUCUAUGGAACCCACAAUAGUGUCCGAUGAUAUACUACUUACAGAACAUAUUUCAGCAAUAACGCAACGAUUUAAUAGAGGUGAUAUUAUUAUAGCAAAAUGUCCUACCAAUCCUAAACAACAAAUUUGCAAGAGGGUAAUUGGAUUACCUGGUGAUAAAAUAAAAACUGGAUUUACUUCAUCACAAAUUGUACCUGUCGGACACGUGUGGUUGCAAGGUGACAACACCAGUAACUCUUCAGAUAGCAGACAUUAUGGUCCUGUUCCUCAAGGUUUAAUCAGAAGUAGAGCUUUAUGCAAAGUAUGGCCUUUAAAAAGUGUAUCAUUAUUGACACAUUAGACUGUAAAUGUAUAGUUUGUAUUGUGUAUAAACUGUUAUUUAAAUAAAUCAAAUAAAAACAAGCAGCUACUGA